AUGGCGUCAAGGAAAACGGCGAUGUGGAUUGUUUCGAUAUUGAUGGCGAUUGGUGCAGGUGGAGUUGUAGGUCACAGGAACGCUUAUGCGACGAUGAUGUACAUGGGGACUGCAAGGGACUAUGAGUUCUACGUUGCUAUACGAGUUAUGCUUAGAUCGCUCAUCUUGAAGCUUCGAGUGAAUGCAGAUCUGGUUGUCAUUGCUUCUCUUGACGUUCCUCUUCAUUGGAUACAUGCUCUGGAAGAGGAAGAUGGGGCAAAGGUAGUUCGAGUUGAGAACUUAAAGAACCCAUACAAUAACCAUGACAGAUUCAAAUUAACACUAAACAAGGUGUAUGCAUGGAGUUUAGUCGAGUAUGAAAGGGUUAUCAUGCUCGAUGCCGACAAUCUAUUCCUUCAAAACACAGAUGAAUUGUUUCAGUGUGGCCACUUCUGUGCAGUCUUCAUCAAUCCUUGCAUCUUCCACACAGGCCUCUUUGUAUUGCAGCCAUCAUCCAAGGUUUUUAAGAACAUGUUACACGAUUUAGAUAUCGGAAGAGAUAAUCCAGAUGGAGCUGAUCAAGGUUUUAUUGGAGGAUAUUUCGCUCAUCUUCUUGACCAACCCAUGUUCCAUCCACCAUCUAAUGGCACCAGACUUGAUGGUACCUUCAGACUCCCUUUGGGAUACCAAAUGGAUGCUUCAUAUUAUUAUCUGAGAUUAAGGUGGAGUGUACCAUGUGGACCAAACAGUGUGAUUACGUUUCCUGGUGCACCAUGGUUAAAGCCAUGGUACUGGUGGUCAUGGCCUGUUCUACCACUAGGCAUCCAAUGGCAUGAGCAACGUCGAGAAACUCUAGGGUAUGAGUCAGAGAUGCCUUUGGUGCUAAUCCAAACCAUCGUGUACCUAGGGAUUAUAGCAAUCACUCGUUUGGGUCGACCCACAACGACUCUAACUAAGUUAUGCUAUCGUGGUGCAGACAGGAACUUAACCAUCAUUCAAACAAGCCUUAAAGCCAUAGCCAUAUUCUCCAUUCUCAUAUCGUAUACACUCCCAUUCUUGCUAAUCCCUCAUACUGUCCACCCAAUUUUCGGGUGGACUUUAUAUUUACUAGGGUCGUUUGCACUCUCGUGUUCAGCGAUCAUUGCGUUUCAUCUCCCGAUGGUGGCUGUGGUGACCCCUUGGGUGGGGAUCGUAGGAGUUCUUUUAGUUAUGGCAUUCCCGUGGUAUAAUGAUGGGGUGGUGAGGGCGUUGUCGGUUUUCGGGUAUGCAUUUUGUUUUAGCCCACUUUUGUGGAUCUCAAUGGGGAAGAUUGGAUCAUCGCUUCAUAGUUCACUUGGAAGGGAAGCAUUAAAUUUAUUGCCAAGUAGAGUAGUGACCGUUUCAACUCAGCCUGAUCAUGGUUUUAAUAAGUUAUAUUAA